AAAUGUCAUUUGACGCAUUUAAUUUCUUUGUUACAGAAAUCGCAAUGUUGCUACCUGGUUCUCUGUCACACAGCAGGACUGCGAACCACACUUCAGACAUCAGGAAGAACUUGGGUGUAAGGGACCCCAGCGAGAAUCCACAGUACGAUCCCAAGAAAACAUACUGCGUGGAGUUUGAAGUACUGAAAGCUUCCAAGGCCUGCAGAAAGGAAGACAACUACAAAACGUUGAAAGAAGGUGAACACGUAUGCGUCCGAUGCGAAUCUGAAGCUCUGCACGAGAACCUAGGCUGGCGAUGCCAAGGUCACGGAGUAGAAGGUAGACCAACACGUUGGAGUGCCCUGUCAGCGCCCCAUUGUCAUGGAAAAUGGGCACGCGUCCAUCACGUCUCAGACGCUCAGUGCAGAUGCCCACGUGGGUCACCCCAGUUUAUAUUCGUUUAGAUUUAAAGCGUUGAGUUAUGCUGUUUAGGCUAGGCGAAAACCUCGCAUUCGUGGCAGACAUUUCAGGAAUCGAUUUAACUUUCAUAAUUACGUUUUAAUGAUGCUCCUUAACUUGAGUCAAGGAGUUGCCAAGCAUAACUUCAGCAAACAAAAAAAAACAGAUUCUUGGGCUACGAACUUAUUCUGAUCAAAAAAUUGACUUAAGUUCUAAGCUAUGAAGUAUGGAAAACUCCUGAAGAUGGACUUUUUCGAUGCUUGAAGACAUGGUUAAAAUGAUUUAUUUUGUAUUCGCUUGCUGUCCUAAUUAAAGUUCAAACCUUCCACCACAAGGUUCUGAAGAGUACUUUAGGCUUGGUUCGUGUAAAAUGCUGAUAUUUAAUUGCCAAUAACGACUCGUCCACGCGGCUUCCGUACUCCAACCUUAUAAUUAGCAAUUUUGUCCGAAUCUGUAGGAAUUGAAGAGGGCGAUUUCUAGAAUUUUAUGACUUGAAAUGGCUUGUACCUCUAAGCUGUCGAUUCCAGAAAAAGUUACUGACCUUUUUUUCAAAAUGAUUCAAUGAAAACUCGAAAAAAAAUAUCAGCAUGUACCUACACAAAUCGCUUAAAAAAAUUUGCACCAUGUUAAGAAGCAUCUAACACUAUGAUUAUGAAAAAAAUCGAAUUAUAAAAUGUCUCCCACAAAUACGACGUUUUCGCAUUGUCUAGUUACCAAAAUGCCCAAUAAAUUCGGUAUUUGAAAAGCAGAUAUGCUAAUUGAGAUAAUGUACGGUGAAACAUCACUGAAAAGUAAUAACAGAAAUUUGAAGGUACUCGUAGAUUAUUGGAUAAAAAUUUCAAGUAUCGCGUUGUUUCUUGAUGAUGAAAUACUAUUCCAAGAUAUCGCUGUUGGUUUCAAAAACACUGUGUCCGUCUCGAUGUCCCUGUAAACGGUCUGUCUCUAGCUUUUGAACGCAUCAUCAUAUCGAAAAACUCAUAGUUUUCACGAGUGUAUGCCGAUUUUCAAAUCCGUUAUCUAAUCAAAGAAUUAUGUUGGCUUCUGGGGUGCUGUGGUCUCUUAAACUACUCAUGCGUUGGAGACAGCGCCGGACUAAGAAUCGAGAAUUUUCUUAUAUGUAUAUUAUUCUUUAGUCUUUAGCGAGUAUGUUACUACAAAAAUUUGUUUUUUCACGAUAUGUAUAAUGGGAAGUCUCAACCUUAAGGAGACCCUAUAUGUGUCUUUGGAAGGAUUCAAUUCUCAUCCGGAGGAGAAGCUAGCGUCAGGUGGAAGUGCUUGCCUCAAAAGGGGAGUUUAUCUUAAAAAUAUGAAGAGAUAAAGUAUCUGAAACUAGUAAACAGCCAUAGUUGUAUACAUACCUACAUCAUUAAUACCACUUUUGAAAAGGUAGGUUCAUAUUAUGUAGAAUUGUCCGUAAGAAUGCACAAAAGGACGUUCCUUGUUGAAACUCCUGAAAUAUUUGUUAUUAAAGUGUUGCUCGUUAAUGAGAUACAGGAUAUUUAAUUUUUUUCCCUAUAGCUCGUCGCGAUGUUUACUACGGCGUAUUUGGCUCAGUACCAUUAUUUCCACGAAUUUGGUCUGGGCUGUUGUACGGUACAUCCAAAUGGAUAUAUUCUAAUACCUAAAGCUGGAUUCUUCAGGCGGGCUUGAAAGUUGUGUCCUUUCGAAAACACAGGAUCGUCUUUGUUUAACUACGAAUUUACAUCGUCAACUUCAAAUUUGUCCCGACUUCUGUUAAAUAAUCAACUCAUCUCUAAGCAUCAGGAUACAUUUUCUAUAAAUAGUCCAAAAAGUUACAAAUACUAGUUAAAGAGUCAUUUUUAAUUUAGUAUGAAGUAUACUGGUAUUGUACUCGUAUAUCCUUUCAAUUCAGUUUCUAUUUUAUAAAAUUCCAAGCCAAAAAAGGAACAUGAUGGUUGAUCCAACCACAGCUGUUUACAAUUCCCUACUUGUUUCGAAUGCUGCUAUUUUUUUGAGAAACAAAAUAUCAGCAAUAGAAAGCUUUAGAAUAGUUCUUAGUUCUCGCUCAUAUUUCAAACAUCUUUUGUUCCAACAGCAUUCAUGAAAAAUCUGAAACUUUGAUUUCUAUUGUAUGAUAUUUAUAUCUACCAAGAUCAAUUUUCUCAUUUAAGCUAUGACUAAAUUAUUCUAGUGCUCUGGGAAAAUAUGAAAAUGAACUAUUUAGUUGACAAUCUUACUAAUACUGUGGUUCGUACUGAUAUCUAGACAAAUGGGAUAUGAAUCACAUACUUACCGAAAAUUACAAAUGAAUUCAACUAUUCAUUUUGGGAGUGAUAAAAAUUUCAAGUACGCUUUUGUUUUCAUGUUCAUUCGAGAAGUAUUUCUCAACAUUUCUCACCCAAUAAAAUAUGUUCUGGUGAAAUGUAACAUAUCGAUAAAAAAAAAUUUUUCAGACAAAACACUAAGUUACUUGAAUAUUGAUCAUAAGUAUAUUACACAUUAGACUUUAAAGAAGUAACUGAUUUUUAUCUCUAUAUACUUUCCAAGAGGUCCCCCACGUAUUCUGGAACAGGUCGAGUUGGCAAGAUGAUGAAAUUGGGGGUUAUAAAAUUGAUGAAAAAGUACUAUUUCUUAGCGUAAAAAUAGCAGUUUAAAAUCACAAGAUUCCAAGAUAGCAGAUUGGCAGACUAUCAAAUUUGAGCAUCUUGUUCACUGAAUCGCUCAUAACCCAACAACUAGUCACCAAAAUCCAAUAGCACUUUAGGUAAAAUUUCUCUUGGAACUAUCUAUCUAUCUGAAUGUGUAAUAAAAUACGAAUUAUUCCAUUAAAAAGUACUAAAAAUGGAGAAUCUUGAUAUUACACGCCUUUUGAUUAUUAGUUGUUGAGCUAUAGGGAUUCAAUGGACACCCAACUGUAAUAGCCCGCCAGUCCGCCAUUUUUAGUGACAGUAAAUUCAUAUUCUACGGUUAUAAAGUAACUUACUUAUAAAAAUCCUCAAAAUGAGAUAUAUAUUUCAUCUGCUACUCUUACACUGAAAUACCUAUUAUAGUAUUUAGUCAUGCCAUAAUUUCAUCUCCACAAAUAUCAGCUUGCAAACAUGACCCUUUCACAAAAUAAGUUGAGGUAGGACCAUUUACUUCAAACAAGUCGCUGGUUUUUAACCUGAUUUAUUUUGCUACUUGGCUGUUUGAAAUUCUCGUAGACUACUUCGACUGAUUUGGUUUGAGUGAUUUUUUAUACUUUUUAUAUGGCUUUGUUAACCCCACAAACAACCACUUCCAAAUUAUAAGUUUAAUAGCUAGUGUUGUGCAAUGUUAACCUUUUCCUAUUUUUUAAGAGGUAAUGAUUACAGAUAUGGUACAGUUAGGUAACUUAAGGAAAUAUAAAUAAAACUAUCAUGUAAGCGUAGUUAUUAGAAAUUUACUUAACAUUGUUAAUUGUAGCAUUUUAAUAUUUUUUAAUAAACUAAUGUAUAUACUUACAGAAAAGGAUAAUCCGUUUUGUAGUCGUAUGACCCUAUUUUUGUCAAAACAUAUCAAAAAUGAAGGUACCAUUUGGUGUUAUAAUGAACAAUAAAC